GAGACAUGAUCUUCACCAACUUUUGUACUCAAAUAGUUGUCAAUGGAGAGAGCCUUGAAGCAGCAAUUAACAGACAAUGGAAUCAACAGUUUUAACUGUCAAUAUACACCAAGAUACUAUACCCUUAAACAGUCUCUUCAAGCAAGUUCAGUUGGUUUUUCAAAGAAUACUAGUUUGUUUAUUCAUUCACAGUUGCAAAAAAACGUGAACCAGCAUAGAGAGGGAGUAAAGGUUUGUGCUGUACGGAGGAGAAGGGCACAUAUGCGGACAGAAACUUAUGUACUACUGGAACCUGGACAGGAUGAGAAGUUUGUCUCUGAAGAAGAGUUAAGGAGCAAGUUGAAAGGGUAUCUGGAGAAUUGGCCAGGGAAGGCACUACCACCUGACCUUGAAAGAUAUGAAGCCAUAGAAGAAGCAGUCUCAUUCUUAAUAAAAUCAGCCUGUGAACUUGAAAUUGAUGGAGAUGUUGGUUCAGUCAUGUGGUACGAAGUUCGUUUGGAAUGAAAAAAUACCACCUUCUUCAAGCCUUGAUUUUCUUUCUCAUCAAAUACUGUGAAAUUUGAGACUGAAUGUUGUUUGAUAGUAAUUUGUUACUUGUUUGCA